AUGCCGUCUGUCGCAAUUGCUUCCGAAGUUGAUUAUAAGAAAAGAAUAAGUCAAAAUAUUAAUAGAUUGGCGAAUGAAGAUCCACUGAACGUAGCUCAAUGUUUUCAACAUUUCAAUGAACCGUACAUGGCAUAUUUUUUUGAAAUCUAUAAAGAAUAUUCCUGUGAACCAUCAACAUUCCUUCAUUGUGUAUUAACGACGAUUGGUGCGUUAUCCAAAGGUAUUCGAUUAUCUAGUAUAAUAUCACAUGACGAUAUGUCGAUCAAUCUGAUGACACAUGUUAUUGGUGAGCCAGGAUCUCAAAAAAGUAAUUUAAUCAGAGUCGUUCGCCAUGCACUGCAUAUUUUAGAAACAUUGUUUCCGUCGACCUUUCUUAAGAAAAAACCUGCUAAAACUACCAAAAAGAAUGUUAACAAUCGUAAUUAUCAUUUACUUGUGCAAAAUGACACCGAAUUAGGCCUUACAAAAACGUUAGCUGCCAGAGGAAACGUCUAUGUGAUCAGUGAUGAGAUUGACAUGUUCAACAACAGGUUUGGUGUGUACGGGGUCAGUGAUGAAAAGUCUAUUGCUGGAUCGAAGUUACUAUGCCAAGGUUUCGAUGGAAUCGUUGAAGAAGCUCGCGCAACUGGUUCUUCUAUCUUCAAUAUCAAAACGGGUACAAUCAGUCUGUUGGGAACCAGUACUGGCGAUAAAGUUUGGACAAACACAUACAAAUUUGCUGAAAAUAUAGUUUCCGAUGGUGUAGUUGUACGUUUCACUUAUCAUAUUUUACCGAUUCUUCCGAUGGCCGAACCACCGGUGGAUUAUUUCGUCUUUUUCCCAAAUCUCAUCCAUGUUUUAAUCAUCAUUAUUCUGGUAUCGAAAAGGAAGGCUCACAUGGUGUUUCGCCAGUUGAGUCACGAUGUAGACAACCAAUCAAAAAGAAUUGUACCACCAUUUAUGGUGGAAGAACAUACGCGUCAUGGUAUCGAUAUACCUAUGAUUGAAAAGCUUUCAAACAAGCGGCCGGUUAGUAUUGGAAAUGCUAAACCAGCUGAUAAAGAAGAAGAUGGAAAAUACGUUAGCGCAUACACAGCUGCUCGUCAAAUUAUUCAUCAGUAUCUUAAUCAAACGAAAGAGAACUCGUUAAAAUCUCAUAACAAUUCAUUUUUACGAAGUUUAUUUAGUAAAACGGGUAUCAAACUUCCUCGUUAUUGUGCAGCAUUACAAUUACUUUAUUUUUCGAUUAAAUGUUGCCGACAAUUGACAAAACAUCUUCGAUUUGACAACGGACUUCAUAUUAAUAAAAAUAUUGAUUUGAAUCAGUUGAAUGAGUUUGUCGCUGCAGCGGAUCGUCUCAUAGACAAGAAAUUUGAACAGAAACAGGCAAAGGGAACAUAUGAGAAUCGUGUGAUUUUACCAAUCAAAAAACCAUCUGUUAUAGCUGGAAAACUUCUCUAUGAAUAUUCGUUAAAAACUGCAUUGAAUUUAUUUAAUUCGAACGAUACGGAACGAUUUACUCAAGAGCAACAAGUUUCGUCGAACGCUUUAUCUUCAAUCGAUUUGUGUAAACCAAAUGAAUCUGAUUUGCAUAUCGUUUCAAAUGUGUCUUUGACCGAGAAGCAAAUUUUAUUGACAAUGUCCACGCCAUUUAUUUCAAAAUCGUGGUUUACCAACCAUGUUGUUGGAGUACCUUAUUCCGGUUUAUUCAAGAAUAAUACCGCACUUGUCAACGAAGUCGUUGAAAAACUUUUGACUCUGCGUUUAUUAGUAUCUGGUUAUUUUAUCGUCAAUUGUAAAAAGGAAUCAUACGCAAAAGUCUCACCAUGUGCCAUUCGUGCAGACUCAACUCUUCUUCUUGCAAUAAAAUCAAUGAAUAUCGAUAUUGAAGAAUAUGAAAAGAAUUUCCACGAAUUUGUUCUUCCAUCUAAAAUAUGUUUGAAUCAGAAUGCAAUUGACUUUAUUAUGAAAGAUAUCGAUUAUGUUCCAUUUUUUCAUUUAUUUAUUAAUCAAACGGAUUUUCUAAAACAAUUACAAUCAAAGAUUGCGGACGGAGUAGUUCAAGAAGUGAACAUCGACAAUAAGAAACGUUUCACUGUUGCUGCUAAAAUUGACAGCACAGCAUCAUCUCAAUUCAUUCCAGAUAAUGAUUUGAACAGUGAUUUGUCUCAUCAAACCGAAAGUUCUCAUCAUUCUCUCAAUAGUCAAAUCAAUUUUGUCGAUAAAGUUCAUGAAGUUGAUCAAUCACCUAAUCAUUCCUCAACCGAUACCAAUAAUGAUGAACCAACGGAGACAAACAAACGUUCAUCAGAAGAUGCUGAUGAACAGAGCUCUUCUUUGAAAAAGUCACGAAAUGAAGAAGUAGACUCACCAAUCGAUGAACAUUCUACCGCGUUGCGUAGCCUACAACUUGAUAAUAAUCAAAUGGGGUUACAUUCGGAUGAAGAUCAUCUUGCUGAUGCGUCCAAAGACAUGCAAUGCCGUACGAAACGAAAGAAGACAACCGAUAAGAAGCGCCAUGCUGAUAAAAUCAGUAAUGAAGUAGGAAGAUUGAUCGAAAAUCUUCCUCCUUCACGCAAACGCACAUGUAAAAUUCCGUCGUAUUCAUAA